GCGCUUCCGGGACGGGCUCCGGGCCGCCGGAAUUGCGUGGCCGCCAGGGCCAUGGCGGCGCUCGCCGGCCUCUGUCUGCUGCUCCAGGCAGCGUCCUGGCCGCUGAUCUCGGCCUCGGGCGAGGAGUUCUGGCCCGGCCAGUCGGCCGCCGACAUCCUGUCGGGAGUGGCGUCCCGCAGACGGUACCUCCUGUACGACGUCAACCCCCCAGAAGGCUUCAACCUCCGCAGGGAUGUCUAUAUCCGUGUGGCCUCCCUGCUGAAGACCCUGCUGAAGACCGAGGAGUGGGUGCUCGUCCUGCCCCCGUGGGGCCGCCUCUAUCACUGGCAGAGUCCCGACAUCCACCAGGUCCGGAUCCCGUGGUCUGAGUUUUUCGAUCUUCCGAGUCUCAACAAGAACAUCCCUGUCAUUGAGUAUGAGCAGUUCAUUGCAGAGUCUGGAGGGCCCUUCAUCGACCAGGUGUACGUCCUGCAGGGUUAUGCAGAAGGCUGGAAGGAGGGCACCUGGGAAGAGAAGGUGGACGCACGGCCCUGCAUUGACCCACUGCUCUACUCCCAGGACAAGCAUGAGUACUACAGGGGCUGGUUCUGGGGCUACGAAGAAACCCGGGGCUUGAACGUCUCCUGCCUCUCCGUGCAAGGCUCAGCCUCUGUGGUGGCCCCUGUGCUGCUGAAGAACACGUCGGCCCGGUCUGUGAUGUUGGACAGAGCUGAAAACCUGCUUCACGACCACUAUGGAGGAAAAGAAUACUGGGAUACCCGGCGGAGUAUGGUGUUUGCCAAGCACCUGCGGGUGGCGGGAGACGAGUUUCGGAGCAAGUUCCUCAACUCCAGUGACGCUGUGGACGGUGCCCCCAUGGAAGAGGACUGGACAAAGCUGAAGGUCAAGCUGGGCUCCUCACUCGGAGGUCCAUACCUCGCCGUCCACCUGCGGAGGAAGGACUUUAUCUGGGGCCACAGGGACGACGUGCCCAGCCUGGAGGGUGCUGCCAGGAAGAUCCGUAGCCUCAUGACGGUGCACCAGCUGCCCAGGGUGUUCGUGGCCACAGAUGCCAUCAGGAAGGAACAGGAAGACCUGAAGAGGCUGCUGCCUGAGAUGGUGAGGUUUGAACCCACCUGGGAGGAGCUGGAGCUGUACAAGGAUGGCGGCGUCGCCAUCAUCGAUCAGUGGAUUUGCGCACACGCCAGGUUUUUCAUCGGCACAUCGGUUUCCACAUUUUCUUUUCGGAUUCAUGAGGAAAGAGAAAUCUUGGGGUUUGAUCCCAAGACAACAUACAACCGGUUUUGUGGUGACCAGGAGAAAGCGUGUGAGCAGCCUACCCACUGGAAGAUCGCAUACUGAGGGCGCCCGUGUGCAUCAGCUGCCGGGAACAAGCGCAGAGGCGCCCCACUCGCGGGCAUGACACGUCCAGGUGGUGCCCUGGCCCAGCGCGUCCUUCACCUAAGGUCACGUCUUAGCUGUGUGCUGACUACAAAAUGCAGGAGCCUCUCAGCCCGUUGUGGGUGGGAUGAGGAUGGUGACAGUGGCCACCCUCGCAGGUGGCUGCAGAGUUGAGGGCGACCUCAGAGUGUGCAGCUCUGCUAUCUCCUGGGGUGACGAUGUGAGGCUUGGCCACCCUAUACUCGGCAAGCACCAGGGAGAGAGAGGUGACAGGCCUCUCACACCCUCCUCUGUCCACACGGGAAACACGGUGUCAACUCCACUGGGGGACACAGUGGGCUUCCAGGCCCCCUGCUAACUGCCAAGAAGUGAGAAGCGAUAGUCAAACCAACUUUGGAGGCUGCGUCAGAGAUUACCUGCUUCACCAGUAGCUUUGUCCCAGCUCACAAGACUCCUCUUCCAGUGUUCACUGCCGCCGGUAAGGAUACUUGCAGGCCGCUGAAGUACAGUGGGCAGGGCCGGGGCAGCCUCGGGCCUGUGGUCACUAUGCCCCUGCAGGACUUCACUGUGGUGUAAUGCACUGCACAGCCACUUCCUGGCCCACUGGUGACACAGUAGCACCCACGCCUUCCCUGUGCAGAGCUGGUGAACCCUUGUGUCCCCUCCCCAAGCACCGGCAGGACCUCCAAGUAGGUCACUUAGGCUGCCAGGUGGAGUGAUCACUAUUUAUUCUUUUCCAUUUGUACAUUCAAAUAUUAAUGAAAUAAAUUUUCUAGAAAGCUGUAA